AUAAAUUGAUUUUCUCUUUGAAAAACCUUUAAAAUACCUCUGAUAAGUAAUCUCACAAGCAUGUCUCGAGUUGGGGUAUUAGCAUUAGGUCCAGCAGGUGUUGGUAAAUCCACAUUUUGUAAUUCCAUAAUAGCACAUAUGCAAUCUAUAGGGCGUCGAGCUCAUAUAGUUAAUUUAGAUCCAGCAGCAGAGGCAACUGAAUUUGAAUUUACAAUUGAUAUUAGAGAUUUAAUUUCAUUACAAGAUGUAAUGGAAGAAAUGGAUUUAGGUCCAAACGGUGCAUUGAUAUAUUGUUUUGAAUUCUUAUUGAAUAAUUUAGAUUGGUUGGAUGAAGAAAUUGGAGAUUAUAAUGAUGAAUAUUUAAUUUUUGACUGUCCUGGUCAAAUUGAACUAUAUACCCAUAUUCCAGUAUUACCAACAAUUGUUAAACAUUUGCAAACCACUCUUAAUUUUAAUCUUUGUGCAACCUAUUUAUUAGAAGCACCUUUUGUUAUAGAUCGUUCCAAAUUUUUCUCUGGAGCUUUAAGUGCAAUGUCAGCCAUGAUUCUAUUAGAGUUACCCCAUAUUAAUAUUUUAUCAAAGAUUGAUUUAAUUAAAAAUGAAGUUUCUAAAAAGCAAUUAAAAAAAUUUUUAAAUCCUGAUCCUUUAUUAUUGAGUUCUGCCCAUCCUGAAAAAGAAGUUAAUCCAAAAUUUACUAGAUUAAAUAAAGCAAUAGCAAAUUUAGUUGAUGAUUUUGGAAUGGUUCAAUUUUUACCUCUAGACUGUUCAAAAGAUAGCGAAUCUGUGGCUACCAUUUUAAGUUAUAUUGAUGACGUGACUCAAUGGUCAGAAAGUCAAGAACCGAAAGAACCAAAAGAUGAAGAAUUCGAAGUUGAUCCAGAUUUUGAUUAACCGAUUUUGUGCUUUAAUGACUCUUCACCUUUGUAUAUUAUACUUGUAUUUUAAAUCAACCUUAUUCACCUUAUCAUUUUGUAAGUAUUAGUAAAUUAUUAU